AGUGAAGAAUUUGACAUUUACACGUUGUACUGCAUGAACUACCCCAACUCUGUGUCUGUCCUGAGAGAAUGCAUGAAGAAUGGAACCCUUGCCAAGUUCUUCAGAGAACGUCAGACAUCCCUUUCACAUUCGUUGCCGCUGGAAACAUACCUUUUAAAGCCAGUUCAAAGGAUCCUCAAGUACCACCUCCUACUGCAGGAAUUGGCCAAACACUUUGAUAAAAGUGCGGAGGGCUACGAGAUGGUGAAAGAAGCGUUAAUCACCAUGACGGCCGUGGCCUGGUACAUCAAUGACAUGAAGAGGAAACAAGAACAAGCAGUAAGGUUACAGGAGAUUCAGAACUCGCUGUUGCACUGGAAAGGCCCGGACCUGAUUGCGUUUGGGGAGCUGGUCCUGGAAGGAACGUUCCGGGUGCAGAGAGCCAAGAAGGAGCGGACACUCUUCCUGUUCGAUAAGAUGCUUCUGAUCACCAAGAGGCGAGUGGAGCAGUACAGCUACAUCAUGCACAUCUUUUGCUGUAAUCUGACAUUAUCGGAGAACCUGAAGGAUCAGUUGAGUUUCCGAGUGACGGACCUGACCAUCCCAAAACGGCAGCACACUUUCCAG